AUGUGUCAGAAUCUUGAUGAAGAAACAAGUCGAUCUCGGCUAAGCAGUGCCAGUGUCAAUGAUACAGUACCGGCACCAAAACGUAUGGCUAUUAAAAUUCAUUGCCUUUUUAGGAAUGAGAUAAAAUCUUACUGUCAGCCAAAUAUUUCUUGGUGUCCAUGGCAAACAAGUGGUUGCACUGCAUCAUUGCCAAUUAAAGGACAAGGAACAAUUGAAAUCUGGCAAUAUGAAUCAAUUCCAUUUGAGUUACGCAUAUCCAAUAAACAGGAUCCAAACGAUAAAGCACCAAAUAGUUAUGCUAUCCUAUUAAAAGUCGAUACUCGUGAAGCACAACUUGGUACAAUCAAUGCUCAGGAUGGACAUGUAUUACGUGUACGAGAUAUCACAACAGAACCACAUCAAGCACUACAAAUGGAUGAUGACCAUUGGCACUGUUAUUGGUUUACUUUCUACGGCAGACAUCGAAUAGUCCAGUAUGGAAUCGGUGAAAUCCAGCCAAAAUUCAAAAUACUUGAGGCAUAUCUUGAAGAGCAAGAAAAAGCUAACAUUGAAAGCAUUUCAUACUUACACAUUAAAAUUAACAACAGCAUAGAUAAUAAAACUAUGUAUUAG